AUGGCGUACGUGCAGCCCACUAUAAACGGCACUCGGACUGUAGCGGGCGGUCACCCUGGGCAAGGUAGCUCACCAGCCGACCUGGACGAGACAACCGGUACCAACGGAGUCGAUGAUGAUGACGAUGAUGACGACGAUGACGAUGAGGAAGAGGAGGAAGAGGAGGAGGAACCUAAGGAGAUGGAUGAAGAGCUGGCAGAACAUGCGGUGUCUCUUGCCACGCAGUGGGUGCUCGCAAGCAAUGGUCAACGUAUUCUCUCGAGAAUAUCCCUCGUGAAUCUUGGUGAUGAACUGCUGGAUCGUUUCGUUCGACCGCCAUCGACGGUAGAAAUCGUAGAUUAUCGCUUAGUGGAGUCCGGUCUAAAUGACCGUGACUUGUAUGGGCCACGGGCGAUCGAUUUCGAAGCCGCUCAGAGUAUCAUCUGGGAGAGACUUCAGGGUCGAAUCCUGGUCGGACACCGGCUGUGGGAAUCGCUUUAUCUCCUGAACAUACGGCACCCUCUCGUUUACACUCGUGAUCUCGCACUGUAUCUACCGUUCCAACCAUUGCUGACUCCCAAUACUCCCCCGCCCCUAAAUUCACCCAAUACACCCGAUAUUAUUAUUUGCCCCCUUCCCCAGCUAACGCGCAGGAUGCUUGCCCCACAUUGGUUACCAGUGGGGCCUCGGGUGGAUCCGACCGAAUACGCGGAAGCGCAGAUGCUGCUGUAUAGGAGGGAACGGCAGCGUUGGGAAGACUGUCUUACUCGGGGAAUCCCGAUUUCCGCACCUCCACCGACCCAGUUUAGGAACGAAGAACAGAACUUCUAUCUCUGA